AGCACAGAGAGGGCUGAGGAGGGAGAACUGGCUUUUGAGCGUGCGACUCUUUCAGUCAAACCCCCUUAAAAAAAAGCGUGAGAUCUGUGCGGAAGAGCCGGGCUGUCAAUGAAAGGGGUUAAAAGACACAAAAUGAAGAGGAAAAAUAAAUCUACCUAUUAGCCCCUCACACACACGCGCUCCUGGAGGAUCUCAAAGCAUGGGACUGUGACCUGGAGCUGCUGUUAGGUGUUAAAUGUUCGGCAAUAUGUGAUGUUCUGUUACUUAAAGGGAGGCACACCACCCUGUUGAUGCCAAAUGGAAGACCUUGACUUGGAUACAAUGCAGGAAACGUUAUCAAAUUUUUCAGAUUUGUCCAGUGACCUGACUGCUAGCAUCAACAAAACCUGCUCCUUGAACAAGGGUUUCCAGUUUUACUAUCUGCCCAUCAUGUACAUUAUCGUAUUUGUCACUGGAUUCAUCGGAAACAGUGUUGCUCUCUGGAUGUUCAUCUUUCACAUGAGGCCUUGGAGUAGCAUCACCGUUUACAUGUUUAAUCUCGUCCUGGCUGACCUCUUCUACGUCUUCUCUCUGCCGGUUUUAAUAUUUUACUAUUUCAACAAGACAGACUGGAUCUUCGGGGAGGCCCUGUGCAAACUGCAGAGGUUCAUUUUCCACGUUAACCUCUACGGGAGCAUCUUGUUUCUGACUUGCAUCAGUGUCCACAGGUACACGGGGGUGGUGCACCCCAUGAGAUCACUGGGCAGGUUGAAGAAAAAAUCAGCCACCAUUGUGUGCAUGUGCGUGUGGGUUGUGGUCAUGGCUGGCAUCUCCCCAAUACUGUACUUCUCCCGAACUGGGCCAAGGAAAAAUAAAACAAUUACGUGUUACGAUACAACGUCGAAAGAGCUCCUGGGCACUUAUUUCAUUUACAGCAUGCUGACUACAUUCUUUGGUUUCUGCGUCCCCUUUGCCACCAUCCUGGUCUGUUAUGGAUUUAUUGUGAAGGCCUUAAUAUCUAACGACAUGAGGACACCUCUCCGGGGCAAGUCUGUGCGUCUCGUCAUCAUCGUGUUGGCCGUUUUUGCCAUCUCCUACCUCCCCUUCCAUGUGAUGAAGAACCUUAACCUACAGUCCAGACUCUAUUACCAGGGGCUAGAGACAUGCGAGUGGAACAAGAGGGUCUACGCCACUUAUCAGGUGACCCGCGGGCUUGCCAGCCUCAAUAGCUGUGUGGACCCUAUCUUGUACUUCCUGGCAGGAGACACUUUCAGGAGGAGAUUCACUACUGCGGCCAGUAGGUUCAUGUCUAAGCGGGGAGAGACCAACCUACAGUUUCGGAGUGAAGACAGUCCACUUCAUGCUGCGUCAAACAUUUCACAAAACGACUGCAUCACAACAGAAGUCAGCUGUCAACAAGAUCGGGGUGUGAACAGAGACGGUGGGGAGGAAAUGAAGUCCAAGGGCAGUGAUGGUGACAUUUUCCUUUAGUGAAGUGUAUAAUGGUCUGUUGCAGAACAGAAGGAUCCACAUGGUUUGGAUAUAUAGCAGGCUGGAUUUGUGAUGUACAGGAUGCCUAACAAACAUGUAAUUAACUGCCAGAGUGUAAAUGUAUAAGGAAGAACAUGUUCAAUGUGUACACCACAGAGUAUUUAGCAGGAAUGGUGUAUCACAGAUAGGGUAUUUACCAAUUUGAUCUUGCCCACUUUGCGCAGUUGUUGAAUUUCACCUGCUAUGAAACAAAAUUUACUUUUUAAAAUUCCCUCACGGGAUUUGGGCUGAAACAGUUUUUAUUGCCUUGAGAAGGUGGUGGUGAGCUGCCUUCUUAAACCGCUGCAGGUAGAGAUACAAUGCCAUCAGGAGGAAGUUCUAGGAUUUUGACCUGAUGACACUGAAGGUAAUGGUGAUGUAUUUCCUAGUCCGGAAAUUGCUGGACCAUUAAUUUUUUUUUAAAAAAACAGAGAUUUGGCUGAACUUUCCCAUCAGAAAUGCUGCAGCUAGUGCAUUACUGAGGAAUGUUGUGCUACGUUACAGACAUUUGUCCAGAUUUUCUGAUGGCCAAGUAGUCAAUUCUUCAAUGUGGCUGGGAUUUGGGUGUCAGGACGCUGUGGAAUCCUGAUGUGGCAGACUCCGAGGAUAUUGCCAUUCUUCUAAAUUCCAGGCCCAAACCUACUCAACCCCAACCCACAUAAAAUACAGGUUUACAACCACAGCUUAAGGUGAAGAGUGGUGGUGUGGGAAAUGGGUUUAAAUAAGGCUUUGUUGGUUCCCUAUCCUUUGACAACAAAAUGUGCUUUCUGUCAGGUGGCAGCUGUCUGGAGGAAUCUGCGCUGUUUGUAUGGAGUGCCCUCAGUUGGCACUGCAGGACGGUUAAUUGACUACCUCUCACUGCUUGUCCACACUCUCCACCAUCUUUCACCCUGCUCCCCUACCUCCGCCUUACCACCUCAAGCACACUAACAGUACCUCUGAAGCAGCAUUAAUCAAAAUAAAGCAGAGUGGAAAGGAUACCAGUGGAACGGUGCACUGUACAGUAAAGUGUCCUUUACAAUUUGAGAAUCCAAUGUUGGAGGUCAAUGACCUUUUGCUUUUAAAAUGGGACUCUGGUGUUUGUGGAAGAGCAAUCUGAAUUGUGACCAGUACGAUGGCAGGUUGACCAUUAAAAUCAUCUGCCAAGUGAUCCCUGCUCGUGAAAUCAAUGGGCAAAUGCUGUGUCUCUGGUCUACUACUUUACAGAAAGCAUUACCACAUUGCCACAAACAGAUCAGCACCCCUCCCCAAUAAAAAGAUGGAUGUUAUGCCUUAAGUGUUUGCCUGUGAAUGCUGCUGAACUACAGGAAUCUCUCUGCCUGAGACAGGCAAACAACGGGAAUCAAGAGGGUUAACAGGCCUAAUGUAAAGCAGGAUUUUAAGAUGAAGGAAUAGGAAUAUUGUAUGUUUUGUUAGAUGACACCACCGUUGCAAUACAAUGUGGAAACAGUGUCGUAUUGAUAUUAAAGAGACUGGAGUCUUUGAGCCAAACAAAUUUUGGCACAGAAGGAAAUUAUUCAUCUCAUUAUUCCAUACCAGGAGCUUCCAUCAACUUUAAUUCCAUACUCUUUAACAUUUCUUUUCUUCAAGUCGUUAUCCGGAUCCCUCUCAAAUGUCAUGAUCAACUGAGAUUGAAUAGUCAAUUGUGAUAAAGCAUUCCAUAUUCUCAUAACCUUUACAUCAAAAACAACUCUUCCACCCUCCCUGCGUAUAAUCCAAAGUUUUCUUGUCAAUUGACCAUUAACUGUCAGCAUGACAAAAGCCUGCCUUUUCACAGUCUCUUUAACAGUCUCCCUUUCUCUCAAUGUACUCAGCUUGUAUUUUGUAUGAUGCAUUGUGUUGUCGCAUGCAGUUUCAAUACUUAUGCAGCAUGCCAGGAUAAAACAGCAUGUUAAACUUAGCAUGUUAUCAAAGAGCACAGCUCAUUGACUUCGACAGUAUAACACUGAGACCAGUAACAGAACUGCAACAAUAAAAUCUGAAAGCAAUGACCAUCU